AUGAAUGCGGAGUUGGAUCAAAUAGAGAAGAAUAAUACUUGGGAAUAUGUUCCUAGACCAGCAGACAAUAAUGUCAUUGGCACCAAGUGGGUGUUCAGGAACAAAUUGCAUGAAGAUGGGCAAGUUGUCAAAAUCAAGGCCAGAUUGGUGUGCAAGGGAUAUGCACAGUUGGAAGUCUUCAAGGGGUUCAAAGUGUAUCAGAUGGAUGUGAAAUCUGCUUUUCUGAAUGGUGAUCCAGAAGAAGAGGUCUACACUGAGCAACCAGAUGGAUUUGAGAUUGGUGAUAACCCAGUUAUGACUGUUCAUGAGGGAGAUGAGAAGAUAAAAGAAGCAAAAUUACAGCAUCACAAGAAUAUGUUUGAGGGUUUGAGAUUGAUUGAGGAUGAGGUUAUUGAACACUACUUGAACAGAGUAAAUGAGAUUGUCAAUUCCAUUAGAGGAUUGGGGGAGCAACUCACUAACUCAGUAAUGGUGAAGAAGGUACUCAGAACUCUACCAAAUUUUUACAAUCCAAAAGUUUCAAUAAUUGAGAAGUCAAAGAACUUGAAUUCAUUAAACUUGGAUGAAGUUCAUCGAAUUUUAACAGGUUAUGAAAUGAGGAUAAUCAAGCCCAAGCCUAUAGAUAAAGAAGCGGCUUUCCAGACUCUGAAGAAGUUAAAAAUUAAAGAAGAAAAAGAAUCUGAAGAUUCUGAUGAUGAACUCAUCGCCUACUUGGCUAGAAAAUUCAAGAAGGGAACAAGCAAACACAAGGGAAAGUCUCCUUUUAAAUGCUUCAACUAUGGAGAGGAAACAGAUGAAGAAAAUGACUCAGAUGAUGAAGUCCUAUUCAUGACCAUUGAAGAUGACGUAUCACUUGCAACACGAGAAAAAUAUUAUGAUGAAGAAGAACUUGAGGGUGAAGUUCAGUGGCAAAUAGUUGGGAGUAAAAAUUGGAAAGAUUUAUAG